GGGGGAAGGGAGGAAGCACAGAGAGAAGGGAGGGAGAGAAGAGGAGAGAGAGGAGGGAGUUCUGCUAGGGACAUAGGAGGAGCUUUGACGUGAGCUACAGGGCAAGGAGCCUGCAAGAGCAGCUUUACUUCACGUCAUAUUGUUUCAUGGCAAGUGCUGGGAGCACAGGCAGCAGCCUCACAGCCAGUGGCUCCUUCUCCUCUCUCUCCCCACCUCCUCCUCCUCCUCCAUUGUAUAAUGCUUCUCGUCUCCAGCCAGCAGAAAGCACUGGCUUAAAAUCGUGCAGCCCGACCGACAUAUGGACCUGGUGCUAGAUUAGGGGAAGAGGGGGGGCAAUCCUGAUGCUUUAGGACCUCAGGUGAAACUGCAUGUGCUAAUCCUUCUGAAAAUUCUCUGGGGACAGACAAUGAAGUGUCAGGAUCUCUCCUGAAGCUGCCACUACAGGAGGAAUGCUGCCUGUGCAGUGGGAUAAAGUGUAUUCUCAUAACAAGAGUAUGAUUUCAUGACUAUUGUGUUAACCCCUUCUCUGCAAGAGAUAUAUGUUGGCUAAAGUGGGAAAGCGAAAGUUUGACGAGCAUGAAGAUGGGCUGGAAGGCAAAGUGGUGUCUCCGACAGAUGGGCCAUCGAAGGUAUCCUACACUUUACAGCGCCAGACUAUCUUCAACAUUUCCCUUAUGAAACUCUACAACCACAGGCCGCUGACAGAGCCAAGCUUGCAGAAAACAGUUUUAAUUAAUAACAUGUUGAGACGGAUACAGGAGGAGCUAAAACAAGAAGGUAGCUUGAGGCCUGUUUUUAUUAGCACUUCACAGUCUUCGGACGCUCUUGGUGACACUUAUCAGGAGGCUCAGCCUGCAUUCAGCCAUCUUGCCACCCAGCCUCUUCAACCCACUGACUUAAUAAGCACUACACCACUGGAAUCUUGCCUCACCCCAGCCUCUCUCCUUGAAGAGGACACAUUUUGCACUUCCCAGACAGUCCUGCAGAAUAUUGCAAGCAGCAAAUUACCACCACCGCCGCCUCUUGUCCAGCCAGUAAAAGACAGUUUCUCCUCAGCCUUGGAUGAAAUUGAGGAACUGUGUCCAACUUCUACCUCCACUGAGGCAGCUGCAGAAGCAGCAGCAACAGCGCAUUUGCAGGAUGAACCUGUUGCGGCAGGAACACUUAAGCCGGAGGGAACACAGGAGAACAGAACAAGUGAGCCAAAACUAAUGGAUUCCCUUCCUGGGAACUUUGAAUUAACAGCCUCCACUGGCUUUCUUACAGACCUGACCUUGGAUGACAUCCUUUUUUCUGAUAUUGACACGUCCAUGUAUGAUUUUGAUCCUUGCACCUCAAAUGCUGGAGCAGCCUCUAAAAUGGCACCAGACGAACUUCUCAAAACUUUGUCUCCAUAUAGCAGCCAACCGGUAACCCCGAGUCAGCCUUUUAAGAUGGACCUUACGGAAUUAGACCACAUAAUGGAGGUUUUGGUAGGAUCCUAAGAGAACACAACUCUGCAAACUCCUUACCCCCAGAUUCACAGCACUGUGCAUGCAUAGUUUUUGCCUUUUUCGAGGGGAAAAAAAAAAGGUUCUUGUUUAAUUAUUGCAUUACGCUGUAUCGGAGUGCCUUCUAUAUGACCACUUUGGAGAUACUUUAUAAGUGAUUCUCCAAGGAUGAUCGUACCACAGUCCACUGAAGAUUUCAUACAAACUAUGAAGUGACAACUAAAAAUUUAAGUUGUACAUGUAUAAGCACAAGAAUUACAUUGGGGAACGCUGUAAAUUGCAUGUGCAUAACUGUCUAUUUUUUCAAUAAGUUUUAUUGCAAGAGGUAAAUUUUAUUAUUUAGGUAACUGGAGCCCCAUUUUUUUUUUUUUUUGCCAUUUUAGGUUGGGAGUAAAAAAAAAAAAAAAAAAAAUUGGAGGCAUUAAAUACUGCUUUUCCAAUAAGAAUUGCAUAUAAAUAGCUGCUUAGACCCCAUUGCCUAAAUGGUUUUAUAUUUUUGUACAGAUUGUCAUUUAUUAUAUUGAUUUUGUAGAAAAGGAAAAGAAAAAAAAAUCUGCAGGAAAAGUUAGGUUUUGAGCAACAAAAUAAUUUUGAUAGGAUUUGCGAUGAAGUUUCUUCCUAAAUCAAAUCUUUGACAUUGGCCCAUACUUUUUAUAAAUUAUUUACAGGUUUUACAGUCCACAGUGCAAUUCUGGGAAACCAUUUUGGUUACUAUUUAUUUUAAGGUAAAGGAAGUGGCAGGGGG